UUCAAUUUCUCUAGCUGUUUGACUUGAUAGAGAUAAAUAAUCCCAAUUUAUUAAUUGCACAUGUAAUGUAACCUUCUUCUUUCUUAUAAAAUUCCCACCAUCCAAUUUCGUAGAACCCCAAAACAAUAAACAUACCCUGCCUGCCUUCUUCAACCUCUGUCACACAUUCUCCUGUCUUCAGCAUAUGUAUUUACAAGGAAUAGGAAAUGUGGGUGAUAUUUUCAGUUGCAGACCAACUGUUUGAGAGAGAGUUGACUGGUCAAAGGGUUUCGAUUUUGAUUAUUUAAAGGGAGAAUUAAAAAUAAAAAAGUUGAAUGUAGUAAUUUGAGUAGUGAAAUGGCUGCAAACUAUUUGGCAGAUGAAAAUCCGGAGCAAAUCGGGUGCGUGUUUCAGAUCUUUAAUCGCCACCAUUCUGUUUCCACAAGGCGGAUUGUUGGAAAGCGGUGCAAUUCUGGAACUUUGUUUUUCAACAAUGAAAGAGACUCAAGUUUGGAAAAGCAUAGGCUAUCAACCGAAUCAUCUAAAGACUCUUUCUCUUCAUGGUGUCCUUCAUCUCCUUUCUCAAAUGUAGAUUAUAACAUAGACAACCAUCAAAACAUUGACCAUCGAGAUGUGGUCAAAGACUCGAUCUAUGAUGCUUUAAUGGAACAAGAUGAUUCAAAUAUCUUGUAUUGUCAUAAACCUAGAGAGCUUUCUAGAUCAAAAUCUUGCCAAUUCAAAGAUGGGUUUUCAUUUUCGUUAUCGAAAGAGUACCCACGGUUAUCUUUCGACGGGGAGGAAACCGACAUUUUGUUGAUUAAAACUGAUUCUAAAAUAACAAACCAGAGGCUUUCGUUAGAUAGUAGAGAACCGUUGAUACGUACUCUUAGUUCUGUUUCACUUGUACCCAAUAAACCGUCUAACCGAAACCCGAAAGUUAACAGUGAGGUCAAUGCCAACAACGAUCUGAGUCAAAGACGGCCACCCAGUGUCGUAGCAAAGUUGAUGGGCUUGGAAACUUUCCCAUCUUUGAAAUCUGUCAAUUCGUCAAAUGAUCGUGUGACGCUUAUUAAAAGUACGUUAAGGGAACCAACAUCUCCGUGUUGGAAAAAUGUUGACGUAAAGCCGAUUUCGAAGGUUCCCAUUGAAGCCGCACCGUGGAAGCAACGAGAUGGUGUUCGUGCUACAACAGCGUCAACUAAAACACGCGUGCCCGUAUUGAAUGUUUAUAGUGAAGUGGAUAAACGAUUAAAGAAUCUUGAGUUUUCGGAAUCAGGAAAGGAUCUUAGAGCGCUUAAACAGAUAUUAGAGGCAAUGCAGGCGGUUGAAGCGAGAUCUUCGGACCGUAGUAACGAUCAAGAAACGUUGUCUGAAAGUAAGGAGUCGGGAAUUUCUAACGAGUCGAGUAUUGUUAUCAUGAAACCUGCGAAGAAGGGGUUUAUAAAUAAUAAUACGGGUAAGGAUCUGAUUACUGAGAGUACGCGUGGAGAGAGGCGAUCUCGACCGUCCAUUCCUCGUACGGAUUCUGGUAAACCGAGAAAGCAGUCGAACAAGCCGCAGUUGGGGUCUAGGACCAGAAGGCAGAGGAGUCCUAACUCAACACCAGAGAAAUCAACGAUGCAUGUGAAGGUGGGUGAACGGGUCGCUCCAGAACAACCGAGUCCAGUCUCUGUUCUCGAUGAUUCAGUCUAUGUGGAUAAUCCACCUUCCCCUGUGAAACGCACGACGAUUACCAAAAAAGAUGACACUCCAAACUCCGCUAAUACUAUUGUUAAAGAUCGACAUGAAGCAGUAAACGGUAUUCAAUCAAACACGACUAUAUCAUUUCAGAUCACCCGUGAGAAGCUGAAGAGGGUCGAGGAUUUGGUUCAAAAACUUAAGAACCUCAAUUCCAGCCACAACGAAUCUCCCGCAGAUUACAUUGCAUCUUUCUGUGAAAACACAAACCCGAACAAUACAUACAUCUCGCAAAUCUUAUUAUCUUCCGGGCUCCUUCUCAGAGAUCUAAAAUCUUUCGAAUUCCACCCAUCCAGUCACCCGAUCAACCCUGAGCUAUUUUCGGUCUUGGAACACACCAAGUUCAGUAAUCUUCAAAACGGAAAGCGUCACAGGAAGCUAAUAUUUGACGCUGUGAAUGAAAUUCUUGUCGGGAAGUUAAGUUCAACUUCUAGGAUGAUGAUGAUGAUGCAGGAUUCUAGAAAGCUUUUGAGGGAGUUGUGUUUGGAGAUUGAGCAGCAGCUUGUAGUGCACAAGAAACAAGAUGGGUGUGGGCCCGGGAACGAGGAUGAUGAUUUGAAGAACAUUUUGGUGGAGGAUUUGUCGAAAAUGUCAGAAAACUGGACCGGUUUUUGUGGUGAAAUUCAGGUGAUUGGAGUGGAGGUUGAGCAACUUAUCUUUAGAGACUUGGUUGAUGAAGUUGUUAUGAGUUGUGCCCGCCGGAGCUCCAGUGAGUUUCUCGGCAAAUCCACUUGAUACUAAGAGGGUCGCUGGUGGUCGGGUUGUGUUUUUGUGUGAUCAUAUGAAGUUUAUAUAUAAUAUUUGGUUGUAAAUGUUUGAUUAUUGUUGUGGUUUUUUAACAUGCUAAUUUUAGGCUAGUAUAAAUUUGUAUUGUAGAAUCACUUUUAUUUAACAUUUCAGAUUUUUUCUGUUAUAAUGCUA